CCCCACUCUCCUCCGUCUCACAUACGGAAACCAUAUAGCCAACUCUUCCUUCCUUCCUUACACGUUCGCUCCUCGUCAGUCAUCAUCAUCCUCCUAACUCUUCUUUCUUCUUCUUCUCUCUCGGGGUUAGUCUUUAAAAUGGUGAUCUCUCGAUUAUAAUAAAAAAAGAAGACCUCUUGAUGUUUAUUCUAUAAAAUUCAGACUACCCAUUUACCCAAUAGUGUUCCUUUCAUUCUCAGCUCAACUAUUCCAUAUUUAUCUUACUUGUGCUUUCGAUAGCCUCACCUUCUCCAAACGGCGGCGGCCAUGAUGAUGCGGACCCUGUUUGCGGCGAGGAGGUCUCUCUCUGCUUCUUCUUCUCUUCUACAGCGAGCUUCCUUCUCCUCGUCGCUUCUCUUCGACGAGACCCAGUUGCAGUUCAAAGAAAGUGUUAACCAGUUUGCACAGGAGAACAUUGCUCCUCAUGCAUCUAAGAUAGACCACACCAACUAUUUCCCAAAGGAUGUUAACUUGUGGAAACUAAUGGGAGACUUUAAUCUGCUUGGAAUUACUGCACCAGAGGAAUAUGGAGGCCUUGGUCUAGGCUACCUGUACCACUGCAUUGCGAUGGAAGAACUUAGCCGAGCUUCAGGAUCUGUUGGUCUUUCCUAUGGUGCCCACUCCAACUUGUGCCUUAAUCAGUUGGUGCGGAACGGAAAUCCUGCUCAGAAAGAGAAGUACUUGCCAAAGCUAAUCAGUGGGGAGCACAUAGGAGCACUUGCAAUGAGUGAACCCAAUGCUGGCUCUGACGUUGUUAGCAUGAAAUGCAAAGCUGAGCGCGUUGAUGGCGGCUAUGUCUUAAACGGAAAUAAAAUGUGGUGCACAAAUGGUCCAGUCGCUCAAACAUUGAUUGUAUAUGCAAAGACAGAUAUAACAGCUGGCUCAAAAGGAAUCACAGCCUUCAUCAUUGAGAAGGGAAUGCCUGGAUUCAGUACAGCCCAGAAAUUGGAUAAACUUGGUAUGCGGGGGAGUGAUACGUGUGAGCUUGUCUUUGAGAACUGUUUUGUCCCUCAAGAAAAUGUGCUUGGCCAAGAAGGGAAAGGGGUUUAUGUCAUGAUGUCAGGGCUGGAUUUGGAAAGACUAGUCUUGGCUGGCGGGCCUCUUGGUAUAAUGCAGGCAUGCCUUGACGAGGUUCUUCCUUAUGUCCGACAAAGGGAGCAAUUUGGCCGUCCAAUCGGUGAAUUUCAGUUUAUACAGGGCAAAGUUGCUGACAUGUAUACUUCGUUACAAUCGUCAAGGGCUUAUGUAUACUCUGUCGCAAGGGACUGCGAUAAUGGAAAAGUUGACCCCAAGGACUGCGCCGGAGUCAUACUAACCUCUGCCGAAAGAGCUACCCAGGUUGCUCUACAGGCAAUACAGUGUUUGGGUGGUAAUGGAUACAUAAACGAGUACCCGACUGGCCGUCUUCUUCGUGAUGCCAAGCUGUACGAGAUCGGUGCUGGAACUAGCGAGAUUAGAAGAAUGAUUAUCGGCCGUGAACUUUUCAAGCAGUGAGUGACUCAGUCAGCCGCCCAUGACAGCAACACCCAGCUGAAGCCAACCCUCAUCAGGACAAAGGGUAGCUCUCAACGUCAAUCUUCUCGUAAUAAACAGUCCCAAAAACUUUGAACUCUUUGUAGAUUCCACCACUACAGCUUGGGAUGAAAAUGAUGUAUUGGACCAUACCAACAUUCUGUCUCCUCGUUGUUAAAACAAUUCCAGAAAUGGUCGUUUUCUAUCCCUGUCAAAUUCAUACUUAACCG